AUGGAACCAGCAAAAAUCGACUGGAACAGAAUAGACUCCCGCUUCAUCGUAGAUUACGCUUACGAACACAUCGACGCUCCUAAAUGGGUUGAUUUCUUGGCCAUUGAUCAACAAUCCAUUGACGAUGAUGCCUGGUUCUGCACUCCCGAUUGUGAUCAUCCCAGGACCGCGCAGGAUUUUCUUGAAGCCUCGCCUCUUUCCAAGGCUCCUCGACGAGCGGUUACGGGCGGAGGAAGUCGAAGCUCCCCAUUUCGCGUAUUGAAUCAAGGAGGAGCUAAACCGAAGAGAAGAGGGCAAACCCCAACCCAAAUUCAAUCGAAGAUUGAUGAUGGUGAAAACCAGAACCCGAAUUUGUCAAUUCCUCCGAUGGAUCAGCAAGCUAAGUCUUUGAAAGCGGCAAUCAAGUCGAGCAGCGAAAGAAAGAAAUCGAUGGUUAGGGAUGACAUUUCCCAAUCCCAAAUUGACGAGAUGCAACGGCUGAAGAGUACUUCGUUGAGUAGGAACUUGUUUGCUAGUAGGGAUAUACUGAGUCAUAUAAGCGAGUUUUGCAACGAGUUGAAGAAAUUGGCGACCAGGGCAAGGGAGAGAGAAACAGAGGGGAAAAUGGGUGAGGAGAAGAUUCAAGCCCAAGAGGCUGUGGUGGUGGAGAAAGAGAGGAAGCCAUUGUUUGAAUUGGGUCAAGAAAAAAUUAAAAAGGAAAGUUGCAGAAGCAGAACACAGGAGGCAGAUACAGAAAACAUGGCGCCUCCUCUCUCUCUUAAUAUAGAGAAUGUAAAGCACAAAGACAAAGGAGGAUUGCUCCAAAUAAGAACCAAUCCACCUUCACCACAGAGCUUUUCAGCCCCAACCAAAACCACUACCCCUUCUAAUGCUCCCAGAUCCAGGCUGAUGGAGAAUGGGAUCCUUCAAGAAGUGAAGCAAAACAUGGAUAUGAAAACAGACAAACCAGGAAGCAGUGUCUCUUCUACUUCUGUUAUUACUGAUGUUAAUGUUACGGAUGGAAGACAAACAAGAGCUUUGGAUGUGUUUUGGUUCCUCAAGCCUUGCACACUGUCUGAGUAAACAACAAGAAGAAUU